CAUUUCUUUAAGCCUUCAGGCUUCACCUCACUCACACAUCCCCUCCCCCGUCUCCACCUCCAGUUGGCAGGGGACCCCAGCAAUAUAGACCAUGCCCUCCAGUGGGGCUGACAGCUUUAGCAGCCCUCUUUGCUAUCAGCCGGUAAGAGCAGAGAAAACGUUUAGGUCAGGAGCUGUGGGGCUGUUUUUAUUUUUGGCAUGCAUCAUGGAUCAAUUCCUUCCCCCUCUCCCUGCCAUUUGUAGGAAGGGAAGAGUCCAAACCAAGGAUGUUCAGAUGGAUUUUUAAGCACACGGAGCUGGGAGCAACAAGCUGCAGCCUCUAACCAUCACUCAGCACUCACCAGGGAAUUAAAAUGCUGAUCACGGUAACACCACCUGACGAGCCAGCAUCCCUCCAUCCACAGAUUCCACCCCCUGCCAUACUACCGAAACCCGGUAAGGACAAUCUUAGGCUCCAGAGACUCUUGAAGAAAGUUGCAAAGAAAAAUACACCACUAGCCUCCCAGCAAGCCAAAUCCUUCCGGUCCAACCUCUCCCCAGUGAGCGAGGCCAGCCCAGACCUAGAGCACUGCGAGCGCUCAUCCCCGCUGAAGACCCCAGAAACGUCGAUGCACAUCACCAUCCGCCUCCCUCCCCGGUUCUCCAUCAAGCCAGUCAUCCACCACGUCUCAUCUCCUUUCCCGAAGGCCAAGCCAUUCACGCUCAAAGUAACUGAGCAGAGGAGAAUCUCUGAACACCUCAAGCUCUCCGUCUCUCCAGUAGCAUCCCCUGUGCACAGGCAGUCCCCAUGGCAACCAAAAGGGAUGACAAAACCAGACACGCCCACCCAGCUGCCCUCUCCACAGGCACAUUGUGUAUUCGUUUUCCCUGACCCUCCUGUUUCCAUCUCACCUGUCAUAGAAGCCCCGGUGGAAGUUACCCACGUCACCAAAGUGCACGCUUGUGUCCACAGCGUACAGGCACCCAGAGCAAAGACCCCCUUACCAGACCAAUCCUCUACAGCCCUCAGCAGUGAGGACAGGCAGCCUUCAGCAGCCCAUACUGGCAAAAGCAACACAGAGCCACCUGCAGGGCCAGCACCAGUCACUCUCAAUGCUGAUGAGGCUGGAGCUGCUACUCCCAAAUCAAAGGACCCCAUGCUUCCCACCAUGACAGCAGAGCCCCCCUACAAAACUCUUAAGUCUUCAACUCCCAGAGAGUCUGUUGGGACUGCUUUCCUCAGUCCCCGGAUGCCAGAUCCCCAAUUCAGUAGACCAGAAACCCCAGGAAGUGACACAGCAAGGUCCAGAACAGAGUGGGUUCCUGAACUCCCUGAGCCACACAGCAAAAGCCUAAGGCCAAUGACUCCCCAUACAGCUCAAGAAGCCAAAGUGCCAGCUGACAAUACCAGGGCUUUCUCCACAGAAGCAAAGGAAGAGCUGGUCAUGCCACCACAGCCAACAGCCACCAUUCCCAGUCCUUCCCCCAAAGCUGAGCCUCCACCACCAUCUGUGGAGAAGGCCAGACCUCUUACAGCCAAGCUUGGUGGAUGGUCUCGCCUCAAGAAGCACUUGACAGUGGAACCUGAGGAGCCCCAAUUCCCAGAAACUAAGCCAGCCAAGCCUGAACAGGAGGAAGCAGGAAGUAAAGCAGAAUGCUCUCAAGGUAAUGCCAGCCAAGACAACAGGCUGAUUAAAUCAAGGGCCACCAAAAUGUGGGACGCCAUUUUAUAUCAGAUGACAGCCCUCAAGAGGAGAAAGCAGCAAGAGGAAGAAAAAGGAAUAAGGAAAGAGGAGGGAUUCUCAUUCCGGUGCCGCUUGCCCCUUCUCCACAGACCACGUUUCGAUGCCCGGAAACUGAAGGAGCUGGCUUCCAAACCAAUGACGAAGAUCACCACCAUGUUAGAGUCGAGCCUACUCCACCACAAGACACCCAAGGAGCCCAAGAAUUUUAACAGGACUGCAUCAGGUUGGCAGCUCAAGUGAAGCCAGCUGGAUUCCACCUCGGCAACAAGCCCUGAACUUUCUCAGGCCUCUCCAAGGCGCUGCCUGAGUUCUGAGCAGGAAAGUGCCUUUUAGAGCUAGAUUUUCAUGCAGUAUGGAGGCCAAAUGUGAGAAAAAUAUAAAUAAAAUCCUUCACAGCCAGCAACUUUAUGGUGAGGGCUUUAGGGGAUUAUUAUGACUGUACAUAUAUGACUGUACAUAUAUGAUAUAUCUGUAGUGCAUGCACACAUUUCCAAAGUAGCUUGAGGAUCUAAGAACAGCUCUAUAUCUAUAUGCAGCUUCAUUUAAAAUAUUCCAAUUGGAGAUCAGGCUACAAAACCAAAACAAAGGACCCACAAAAAGCAGUGAAGCAACCCGUAGAAAACCCCCACUGUAAAGGCACCUUGUUUUUCAUUCAGUAAAUCAAUGAAAUUUUAGCUUUAUUUUUAAGUGAAUCCCAAACAGUGCAAGCCCAGAAACAGGACAGGUUGUGGUAAUGCAAGUUGCUCCACACUGCCCCAACUAAUAGUCCACCUCCUAGGCUGUAGGAUCCAGUUUCAGACUGAAGGAAGGGUUCGGUUUCUAAGCCACUGAGUUCUUUGUUGGAACCCACAGCAGUAGCUUCAAUUUCUGGUCACUCAGAACUAGACAGAGAUGAAUUCCCUUUGCAUAGAACAUGGGUGACAGGUUGUGGUAUAUUUCAUGCUGCUCUCAAACCACACUUUACUCAGUCAAGAAAACAAUCUCAUUAGUUUUAGGUUUUAUAAUUAGAUCUUCCUAGAGGUAAAUUUGAGGUUGCAGGAGUGGGGGGGGGGGGGGCGGAAGGGAGGGAAAGAGACCCUUUAGUUUUGCAAUGAUCAGAGUUUUUCCAUUCUUAAAUGCUUUUGAGUGCACUUAUUGGCCAGGGAUUUUCAGAAUGAUUAGGGUUUUGUUUGCUUCAUCUUUUGGGAUGCCCAACUUGACAUACCUUAAUGGGGUCUGAGCUUCAGAGGGUGGGCAAUCAGCAGUUUCUGAAAAAAUUAGGUCCCUUUAAGGUGUCUCAGAUUGGGCACCCAAAGCCACUAGUGACUCUGGGCCAUUCCACAUAGGCCAAUACAGCAGGGAUUUAAAAAAAAGACCAGGAGGCUUAAAACAGAGUUUCUAGAAAAUAAAGUGGGUUUUUUGCAGAGAGAUUCAAAAGCAUCUUUUCUUGCACAGACCUAAAACAUUUCCUACAAAUAGCAGCAUUUAUAUGGAACUAUUUUGCAGGAUUUGAGUGGGGAGCGCUGGCCUGAAUCUAAAAAUUUCCAAGCUACAGCCACCCCCACUGUCCUGGCUGUAGCUGAGAGGGGAUCAGUAGUUCCAUUUUCAGGCACAUCAUGAGAAAUCACACAUUACACCCUUCAUGGGGUUCUCAUGUGGCUUAGAUAUUUUUCACCAGAGCAGAUCACCCUGGACAUUGAUAGGGAUUACAAAAACUAUCCAGAGUCACAGUAAAUGAAACAAAAAUCUCAAAAGCAAUAUAAACCUUCAGGUUAUGAACCAGCUUCUAGCUAUUGACUGUUAGGGGCAGGUUAUCCUAUAGCUGCCUACUGAAGGGUUCUUGCACCUUCCUCUCAUUCAGCCAGAGCUGGCCAUUGUCAAGGACCACAUACUGCACUGAAUGGACCCUGAUCUAACCCCGAGUGGCGAUUCCUAUCUACUGAAUAGAAACCUCUGAAGCAUCUGAUCUUAGCCACUGUUAAGAUGGCAGACUAGGAGAAAGAUUAAUCUGUUCAAAUGUGGCAGCUCCAGUGUUCCCUUAUCAGUCUGCCUGAAGGGCAUUGAUAGAAAGGGUACAUUAUAGUGACCACCUCAUACAGAACAGAACAUUGUUGGUCUUCCUAUUAGUCACCCAGGGAAGCCAAUGGCGACCAACUGUUCCUUGUCCUCACUUCUAACUCAGGACAGACUAGUUAGCAAUGAAGAACUAGUUUUUGCCACACUUGAUCCCCUGCCACCCAGGUGUCAGUAACAUUUGUUGGGCUAAAACCUCCACGAGCUGCCUCUUCCAUUCUGCUCUACAAAAUGGGCAGCACUGGCAUGCACUCACCUCUGAGCUCUCUCUCUCGCCUUCAGUCUUCUCCCAAACCUAAGCAAGCCCCAAUGCAAUGCAUUAGGGAUGUCCUAGCAGAGAUAUGGCCAAAGCAUGCCUUGGCAAGGCCUUACAAUUGGGUUUUUUUAAAACCCAUCAGUUCUCAAGCACUGUAGGAGACAUGGAGGCUCCUCUGCACUUCUAAUGGCAGUGACAUUCUAUUGCAUUUAUUUUGAUCACAGCUGCUCAGAUUUAACACAUGGGGGGUGGGAUUGGUAAAUAUUAAGCAGCAUUACACUGAGAUCUGUUUUUUCUGGCUAUUUUGGGGGUUUGUUUUGUGGGUUGUUCGGUUGUUUUUAAAUGUUCACAGUUGUUUGCAUCUCCAUAGUCGCCAGGCUUAGGGAGUGAGCUCACAUAGGGUAAGCAUGCAGCUAUUUCCACUUCCCUAGUGAGGUUACCAUAAGGGGGAAUGUUUCUGCAUAGCUAAUAUAAGAUUGGUAUGUUUUGCCCCAACGGGAAAUUUGAUACCUGCUACCACCUUCUGCGCCUACACACAGGCUGGAAUUUCUCAUUCCAAACCAACAGCCUUUAAAAAAAAAAAAAAAAGACACCCCACACAACCCACACUUUUGGGGGGCGGGGGGGCGGGAAGUUUAAUUUCUGAGAAGAAACGAAAACUGAAAAUUCUCAGUGUUGAAGAGUCAGAACUCCAGUUUUUGCCCCUGGCCAUUUUCCGGUAGCAAAAACGAAAAGAGGGAAAUCCCCAAAAUAAGAAUCUGAAAAAUUUCAAUAUUUUUCUACAAAACAAUUGCUUGGCAAAAUGUACUUCCUAUUUUUGGACCAGCUUUAAUACGCUAUACAGGUGGUCAGGGAGUUAAAAUUCCACCAACACAGAAAGGUGGCUUGCUACAAGACAACCUUAUGCUGACCUAGGCUGAGAAUGGAGAUAUUUUGCUUUAGUCAAAAUAUAUAUGUGCAGAUAGGCUGGUAUUCUCAGGAGUCCAAGAGAGUUAGGCACCCAGAUUCCAUUGAAUUUCAGUGAGAUUUGGACAUUUAUCUCCCUUAUGGUCUUUUGAAAAAAUUCCAGCCAUUUAAAAAUCUUUCCCCAAUUGCUAUUUUGUUGUUAAUUACAUAUUUACAGGGUGAGGAUUCAGAAAUGGCUCUGUGAUUCCUCCUUAGGCCUAAUCUAUAUACACAAAACUAAUGAAUUAAUUUAGAGAUAGGAUUUUUAGCCAAUCUAAUUGCACCCGUACAACCUCUAGAGUGGAUGUAGUUAUGCCUGUAUAAAGGUGUUUAUCCUUGUAUAGUUUAUUCAUCUUUCCUUAUAGGAAUAGCUAUACUGAUAUAAAACACUUAGACCAAUGUAAGUACCUCAGAACUAUUGGGUUUUACUAUGACUAUCCCAGUAUAGUCAAGACAGUCUAAAGUAGAAAGUUGUACAAGGCUUUAGUCAACAGAAAUCUCUACUAAAACUUCAAGACAAUCCUUUUAAGCAGUACCUAUUUUCUUCUUCAACUCUUCAAAUACAGCACAAGGAGCUUGUCUUCCCUAGGAAGCUACAACCUAAUUCAUAUGAUGCAGAACAUGAUUUCACAACCAGCAUAGACAGCGCACAGGUAGUGCAACAACUUGUCUGCUGAUUGCAGGAAAAGUUUAGCCAUGAGCAGUUGGAACAAACACUGAACACACGUUGUCCAUGUCUAAACUGACUGCGAAGUCAUAUUAGUUAAUGAUGUCAAGUACCAGGGGGUAGCCGUGUUAGUCUUUAAGGUGCCACCAGACUCCUUGUUGUUUUUGUGGAUACAGACUAAGAUUUAUUUGGGCAUAAGCUUUCGUGGGUAAAAACCAACUUCUUCAGCUGCAUCUGAAGAAGUGGGUUUUUUACCCACGAAAGCUUAUGCCCAAAUAAAUCUGUCUUUAAGGUGCCAUUAGUUAAUGAUGCAUCAAGAUAAGUGUCUUAAGCGGCCUAAUUUUCUAGCAAAGUCAACGCCAAAUUGUUGCCAAGAAGCUUGUCUCCGGUGAAGUCAAAUUAAACUCAAAUAUAAAUAGUUCAGGUCACUGAUUUUUAAAUCUGAAGAUCGUGUUUAUAAAACAUGCUGGUUUGGAAUUUUCAGGGAGGGAAAAUACACUGAGAAAGUCUCAUUUUAACUUUUCAUGACAAGGUUUCCAAACGCUUCACCAGUUUUGUUUUGUUGUUUUAGUUUGUUUCAGCAUAGUUGCUUUGGGACAUCAUCAGCUUUUUGCAGUUUCCUGUAAUAGUGGUCAAGAGUUCAGUUCUUCAGCCAGAUGCCCUUGAUUGGCAGUCCUUUUGUCCGAUCGCAUACAGUAGCCUCUUUCUAAUGCCAAAACAAAUUUGCUUAAAAAAAAACAAAA